GUAAACUGAACCCACCUCCGACUAAAUCAACCCUAGCGCAGAUAACCUCGACGAUAAAACGAGAUAAAAACAAAGAGCAGGAAUAAUGGUUCUCAGCGCAGGAGAGUCCAUUUCCUGUCCCAGAGCUGAAAAGUCACCCAAGACCAAUCCCUGCUUCGUCAGGAACUCCAGCUACCCCUCAUGCUCCUAUUCUUUCGGCCCCUCCUGUUUUUACUGCUCUAGACCAACCCAAGAUAUCUACAUAGACUGUACUGAUUGUACUGCUCAGCUUUGCAUAGAAUGUUUUCGACGCGGUAAAGAAUCGAAAGAGCACAGGAGUUUUCAUCAAUAUUGUAUAGUCCGGACAAAUCUACCUGUUCUUGAAGCAAGCUGGACAUCAGUUGAUGAGAAGCUUCUACUUGAUCUGGUGGUAGAGUGUGGUUACGGGAACUGGGAAUCCAUUGCUAAACUUCUUCCUGGCAAAUCACAGAAGCAAAUCCAGGAGCACUUCAAUAAAUACUAUAUACAAGGAGAAGAUCCUAUUUUGAUUCCUAAAUACCAAGAAGACCGAACCUUUCUAGUUCCUUCUCCUACACCGUUCCCUGCAGUGGGCCCUCUAGAAAAUCCACCGCGGCCAGUGCGCAAACUCGGAACUGUCAAAGAUUUGGCGGAUUACAACCCAGCUCGAGGAGAGUUCGGUGUUGAAUAUGAUAACAAUGCAGAACGUGAUGUUUCUCCAGCCCUGAACCUUCAACUAUAUCAACCUAGUUCUAGUAAUGAUAAUGAUCUAGAUGUAGAACUACAGCUUGCCAUGGUCGAUAUAUACCAGCGGAGAUUACAGAAAAGAGGGAAAGUCAGGAAAUUAGUUCGUGAUUACGGGUUAAUAGCGAGGAGAAAAGUCUUCACCAAUUCACUUAGAUAUAAGAACGUUAAAUGCUGGAGCGGGGGUGGAUCGGGUGAAUUAACAGUUUUCAGUCAACUUCUUAAACCCUAUCAGAUGGACUUCAUCCUGGAGGGUUUACUGCUAGAGGCCAAUACUAAGUUCAAAAUCCUCAAGCUACAAAAACUAAGGCAGCAAGGAUUAAAGAUGUUGGGCAGCGCUCAAGUUCUUGACAAUCUUCUGCAGGUACGAGAAGAGCAUGUAAGACAGCUCUCUACAAAUUGUAUACCUGGAGAUUCGGAACCAGCCCUCAUCUCUAAACUAAUACCUCCAGGAAACCUGUGUGACUGGAGAUUAAACAAUCCAACCCUGAGCUCCGGAUCCCAGAUCUCAUCCCAACCAUGGUUUAAGGGAACCAACACUUCUAGGAGGUCUAGUAUACCCCUGGAUAUACUAGGACUAGAUGGUUAUGAAAGACUGACUGACGAGGAAAGAACCCUCUGUACUAGCAUAAGAUUAAUACCUGCCACCUAUCUGGAAGUGAAAAGCCUACUCGAACGUGAGAGUACACGGCGGAAAGGUCUCCGACUGGCGGAUGCACGGCAGCUAGUCAAAAUAGAUGUCAACAAAACUAGAAAAAUUUAUGACUUUCUCAUCGGACAAGGGUUGAUAGAGCAGACUAGUUCUUAAAUAAUCAAAAUAUAAUGUAUAUGGUUAGUGAUUAUCCUGCAGAUUUGUAUGUAUUGCACAACGUAUUCACUGUUAGAAGGGUUAUCGAAGAUAUCAGAAAAUCAUUGUUAAGAACCCCUACUUCGUUCUUUACUGUUCCCUCCUGCUAAGAAAAUUUGGAGUCGUAAUUGCUCUUAUUCCAUUUUCAUAAAACGGUGUCAUAACAAUAUGACUAAUGCUCUAUUAACCUAACGUUCGUUUUGACUCACGUCCAAGAAGACUAUAGUCCAAAUGAACAAAAAUGUGUUCAAUUGAACUGACCUUUAAACUUUUUUAGUUUUAAUUAAAAAUUUUAAGACUGUAAAGGAAAAAUGUAACCCCUUUAAUUAAACGAAAACUGGUUUAUUAUGACCACAUUUUGGAAAUCCUGAGACUAGUAUGUUGUCUUAGGUAUUUAAACUGGAGUACAACUAAAAUUAUAUUCAUGAUAAAAUGCCUAAA